UCAUUGUGGAAGAAUCCAUGGAUUAUUAUAUUACUCAGAAUCUAGUAUAUAUCUCCACCACUAACAUGUUAUCAGUCACUCUUCCACCAGCUUCAGACCUAUCAAACAGUUCUACAGUUGACUCUUCGUGCGUACGAGAUUCUGUAUUUUUUUAAAACCAUCCGCUGUUCAAAUAUUUCAUUAUUCUACUAAUUCGAAUUCGCCCUAGUUUGAAAUUCCUCGGAGUUCGACAGCCGAUAUUGGAUUCAUAAUGGAGGAACAAAACGGUGGGUGGGCUGGUGGAAGCACAGGGCAAUCAAAGAGAAGAAAUAAAUGAGAGAGAUUAAAGACGAAAGCAAAGAGAUAGUACAGCUUCUAACGUGGAAUCAAAUUGCUCCACAAAAGAAGAGAAACUUCUAAACUCAAGAGAUAAGAAGAGUAUCCUUAUUAUCCUCAUAUGUAAUAAAAUUUACUAAAUUCUAAUGGGUAUUAUGGUAAUUCAACAUUACGUAAGUUUAAUGGCUUUCUAACAGGAAGAACACAACAGGUAAGUGACUGUCAAUUUGCAAGUUAGCUCUUAGAUUCACUUUGGUAGGGAACCACAGAGUCAACCUAAGUAUUGGUCAUACUAUAUAACCAUAUCAGAUUCCGACAUUAGCCAUCUUUUCUUGGCUGUGCGUUGCAGAAGAACUUUCCGGGAAAAAAAGAAGGAAUUCAGCACGCAGCAGAAUUGAUAUUCAAACUUUUUUUUUUUUUUUAAUUUUGUUUUAAUAAAACCAAAGAAAACUUGGUUUGCUGAAAUGGGUACGCAACCAAAUUUUGGAAAAAUGGAAGGAUGGCUUUAUACUAUUCAGUCCAGUAGAUUUGGCUUGAAGUUUUCAAGCAAGAGAUACUUUAUUCUUGAAGAAAACCACCUCAAAUGCUACAAAACAAUACCCAUUUCACAAAAUGAGGACCCAGUUAGAAGUGCAAUGCUAGAUUCCUGCAUUCGAAUUACAGAUAAUGGAAGAGAGAGCAUCAACAGAAAAGUCCUCUUCAUUUUCACACUUUACAGCACUUUGAAUCACAAUGAUCAGCUUAAGCUAGGAGCAAGUAGUUCAGAAGAUGCUGCAAGAUGGAUUCAUUCCUUGCAGAAUGCUGUGUUAAAGGAAUGCACAAAUCCAGGAAAAGAUUUUGUGGCUAUUUCCAAAAGGAAAUGGCCACCCAUAAGGUUAAGUGGUUCAAAGGGGGUAGACUCUCUAGAUUAUUACUCAACCUUGCAUACUGAGGCAAUGACUUCAGAUGUUAUUGCAUCCUCUGGAUGGAAAAUUAUUGGCUGUAAGAAUGGACUACGCCUUUUUAAAGAAGCAACCGAUUGGGAUUCUUAUGGGAGGCAUUGGGAUGAUCAUCCAGCAAUUAUGGCAGUUGGUGUGGUUGAUGGAACUCCAGAGACCAUUUUCCAUACUCUUAUGUCUCUUGGUCCGUUACGAUCAGAAUGGGACUUCUGUUUUGACUGUGGUAGUGUGGUUGAGCUGCUUGAUUGUCAUACAGACAUUAUUCACAAAAAAUUGUCCAAUCAUUGGCUACCCAGGAUGAUGAAUAGUAGAGAUUUAUUGUUGCGACGUUAUUGGCGAAGAGAGGAUGAUGGCACAUAUGUGAUUCUAUAUCACUCUGUGAUUCACAAGAAGUGUCCACCGCAGAAAGGCUAUGUUCGAGCAUGCCUUAAAAGUGGUGGUUAUGUAAUAAGUCCUAUAAAUCAAGGAACACGAUCACUUGUAAAACAUAUGCUUGCAGUCGAUUGGAAAACAUGGAAAUCGUAUGUACAUCCUUCAUCUGAAAGAUCCAUAACUAUUCGUAUGCUCGAAAGAGUUGCAGGUACAUUAAGGGAGUUUUUCCAAGCCAAAGAAGGAAACAAUUCGGCCUUUUUGUCCGGAGAUUUGUCAGGACAAACUGUGUUGCCACAUAUUGAAAGGGAAGAUAUUAAAGUGGAAGUUAAAGGCCUAGAAAAGACUAAGGACUUGUGUUUAAUGGAAAAUGAAGCAAAAAAACUCGAUAAAAGCUUAACACCUCUUUCUAGUCUCUCUGAUGAAUUCUUUGAAGUCCCUGAUGCCAAUGAUAUGAUGGAUUUCGAUAUGGAGAAUGAAUGGUCUUCCCAAAUGAAACCAGAGGUUCAAACAGCAGUACUCUCACCCGGAUUAUCGUCUGCUACUGGCACAGCAAAGAAGAAGUUGCAUGACCUUGCAGUUCAAAAGAAUGGUUAUGUGGACUUACAAAAUUCAGCUAAGGAAGAUAGCAGAUUUUGCUUCUAUGGAACUACUUUUCGUAACGAUCCCUGCUGCAGUUUGCCUUGCAGUUGGGCUGCUGCUGAUCCUUCUACAUAUUUGAUACGUGGAAAAAAUUACUUUAACGACGGUGUUAAGGUCAAUGCAAAAGGCACUUUGAUGGAAAUUGUUGGAGCAGAUUGGUUGAGAUCCGACCAACGAGUAAGUGACCUCAGUAGCCAUCCUGACAGUAUUGUUCAGAAGUAUGCAGCACAAGAUAGACCAGAAUUCUUCUUGGUUAUCAAUAUACAGUUUCGCAGUUCAACCGUGUACACACUGGCAUUGUACUACAUGCUAAAAACUCCUCUAGAAGAAACACCUUUUCUACUAAACUUCGUUAAUGGCGAUGAUGCCUACAGGAAUGCAAGAUUUAAGAUGAUACCUUAUAUAGCUAAGGGAGCAUGGAUUGUGAAGCAGAGUGUUCGUAAGAGAGGUUGCUUGGUGGGAAAAGCACUAGAUGUAAAUUAUUAUCGAGGAAAAAACUACUUAGAGGUUGAAAUUGAUGUUGCUUCUUCCAUUGUUGCUAGAGGUUUGACCAACCUUGUUGUUGGAUACAUGAUGAAUUUGGUGGUGGAAAUGGCAUUUUUGAUACAGAGUGAAACUGAAGAGGAGCUACCAGAAUGCUUGCUUGGAACCUGUCGACUUAAUUAUCUAGAUGCAGCAAAAGCUGUCCCAUUAUGAUCCUGAUUUUCACCUGCAAUGUUUUUUUUUUUUUCUUUUUUUGUGGGGAUGGACUAAGUCAGGAUAGAGUGAAAAAGACUUCUUGUUUGUUUCCAGUAAACUGGAAAUCUAUGUGAUACAAACAGAAUAAUAAGUAGAAAAAGAAAGAAGAGUUGGGCAAGAAUUCUGUCCAGAGACUUUAUAUUAAUAAAGAAAUAAGAUGAUCUUUACAAUA